CUCCACUGAGCGAUUUCGACACCCGAGGCUGAACUUCUUACUUUUCUCCCCCCCAAAAUCUCUAUCUUCCUCUCUACCCAUUCCAUCACCAGCCUCUGGUAGAGUUUCAAUCUCUCCUUAAAAUCAUACCUUUUGACUUAUCUCAACUAAAAGCUAGAUAACAGGUCUAGAAAAUGGUCAGUUUUACCGUCGACGAGAUCCGGGCCCUCAUGGACCACCCGACCAACAUCCGGAACAUGUCCGUCAUCGCCCACGUCGAUCACGGAAAGUCCACUUUGACCGACUCUUUGGUAUCCAAAGCCGGUAUCAUUGCUGGUUCCAAGGCCGGAGACAUGCGGUUCACGGACACACGUCAAGAUGAGAUCGAUCGCGGUAUCACCAUCAAGUCAACUGCCAUCUCCAUGUAUUUCCCGCUGCCCAAAGACGAUGUUGCGGACAUCAAGCAAAAGACUGAAGGCAACGAGUUCUUGAUCAACUUGAUCGACUCUCCGGGUCACGUCGACUUCUCAUCCGAGGUCACUGCCGCCCUUCGAGUCACUGACGGUGCUCUUGUCGUUGUCGACUGUGUCGAGGGUGUGUGCGUGCAGACCGAAACCGUGCUGCGUCAAUCAUUGACGGAGCGUGUCAAACCUGUCCUCAUCAUCAACAAAGUCGACCGCGCUCUGCUCGAAUUGCAGGUCUCCAAAGAAGACCUUUAUCAAUCCUUCUGCCGUACAAUCGAAUCAGUAAACGUGAUUGUCUCGACAUACAACGAUCCCGCCCUCGGCGACGUCCAAUGUUACCCAGAGCAGGGUACUGUCGCCUUCGGUUCCGGUCUUCACGGAUGGGCCUUCUCCCUGCGAAACUUUGCCGGUCGUUAUGCCAAGAAAUUUGGUGUGGACAAGAACAAGUUGAUGGAUAAAUUCUGGGGCGACAACUACUUCAAUCCCAAGACCAAGAAGUGGACGAAAACUGCCGAUGCUGGCGGCGAUCGUGCUUUCAAUCAAUUCGUCCUCGACCCCAUUUUUCGUAUCUUUGACUGCAUCAUGAACUUCAAAAAGGAUGAAAUUCCGACUUUACUCGAGAAGCUGGAGAUCAAGCUCGCCCAAGACGAGCGCGAGCUUGAGGGCAAACCUCUUCUCAAAGCAGUCAUGAAAAAGUUCCUUCCCGCUGGCGAUGCAUUGUUGGAAAUGAUCGUAAUCAAUUUGCCAUCACCCGUCACCGCACAGAAAUACAGAGUGGAGACGCUGUACGAGGGUCCCAUGGACGAUGAGUCAGCCAUCGCGAUCCGUGACUGUGACUCGAAAGGACCUCUCAUGGUCUACGUCUCGAAGAUGGUGCCGACUUCCGACAAGGGACGUUUCUACGCUUUCGGACGUGUCUUCUCUGGUACCGUCAGGGCCGGCCCUAAAUGCCGUAUCCAGGGUCCCAACUUCGUCCCGGGCAAGAAAGAGGACUCUGUCAUCAAAUCGAUUCAGCGUACCGUGCUCAUGAUGGGUCGAAGUGUCGAGGCCAUCGAGGAUUGCCCUGCCGGUAACAUUGUUGGACUUGUCGGUGUUGACCAGUUCUUGCUCAAGAGCGGCACCAUUACUACGUCUGAGACAGCUCACAAUAUGAAGGUCAUGAAGUUCUCCGUGUCACCUGUCGUGCAAGUCGCCGUCGAGUGCAAGAACGCCGCCGAUCUACCCAAGCUUGUCGAAGGCUUAAAACGUCUUUCCAAGUCCGACCCGUGUGUCAAAACAAUGAUGUCAGACACCGGUGAGAUCAUCGUAGCCGGUGCAGGCGAGCUUCACCUCGAGAUCUGCUUAAACGAUUUAGAGUUCGAGCAUGCCGGUAUUCCUAUCAGGAGGUCUGACCCUGUCGUCGGUUACCGCGAGACUGUCACUGCCGAAUCGUCAAUGAUCGCGCUUUCGAAAUCGCAGAACAAGCAUAACCGACUGUUCGUCAAGGCUGAACCUUUGGACGAGGAGCUUACCAAGGACAUUGAAGCAGGCAGGGUCGCCCCUCGUGACGACCCCAAGAUCCGUGCACGUUACCUCGCCGACACGUAUGGCUGGGACGUCUCCGAUGCUCGUCGUAUUUGGUGUUUCGGACCCGAGACGACUGGGGGUAACAUUUUCCUCGACGGCUCGAAAGGUGUCCAGUACAUGAAUGAAAUCAAGGAUUCGGUGGUUGCUGCGUUCCAGUGGGCGACUAAGGAGGGUGGUGUGGCCGAAGAGCCCAUGCGUGGUGUCAGAUUCAACAUCCUCGACUGUACCCUGCACGCCGAUGCCAUUCACCGUGGGGGUGGUCAGAUCAUUCCAACCGCCCGGAGGGUGUGUUACGCUGCUCAGCUCUUGGCCACACCAACACUGCAAGAACCCAUGUUCUUGGUCGAGAUCGCUUGUCCAGAGUCGGCUCAGGGUGGUGUUUAUUCGGUCCUGAACGUCAGACGAGGACACGUGUUCGCUUCAGAGCAACGUCCCGGUACCCCUUUGUGCACGAUGAAAGCGUACUUGCCCAUCGCCGAGUCUUUCGGGUUCAACGCGGACCUACGUGCCGCUACUUCAGGUCAGGCUUUCCCUCAGGCCGUGUUUGACCACUGGGCGACUCUGUCUGGUGACGCGACAAUCAAAGAAACGAAGACCAACGCCCUCGCCAUUUCAAUCCGUACCAGGAAAGGUCUCAAGCCCGAGGUGCCCCCUUACGAAAACUACUACGACCGUUUGUAAGAGAUCUCGGUCGUCUGUGUUUGGGAUCGGAGCAUGGGAAUCGGCGCUGAGAGAGGGAGACGAAUUUGGUUUUGUUUGUCCAUACAUAUGCAAGUUGUGCUGGCUGAUAG